CAGCUGAAGAAGCAGCGGGAGGCGCAGCCCGAGGGAGGGGAAGGCGAGAUCCCCGGAGGAGCCGGCCCAGGGGGUGAACCUGGGGAAGGGAGAGGAAAAAGGAAGAGAGAGGGUGAAGAGCAGUCCUGUGCGCAAGGACAGGAGAAGCUAAAGAAGAAACAACGGUCUCGCAGCUCUUCUGAAGAAAGGGCGGAUACUGAGGAGGCAGCAGAUGGCAGCACUCCCUUGAAGAAGAAGAAGAAGACGGAAAACAGAAGAAAAUCGAAGGUGCCACAAGAGAGGACUGAAGCAGAUUCUGAAGAAGACAUCAAACGACAGGAAAACAGAAGCAACCUUAAAAAUAAGUCUUCUAAAAGGAAGAAGAGGGAUGAGGAAACAGAGGGAGCUGAAACAAGGAAUAAAGAGAACAGUGAAAGAGCUGAAGGAAAUGAAAGCACAAAGGAGGAGCUGUCCUUGGCAGCCUCAGCGGAAGAGGCAAAUCCUCCACCCUCCAGUUUGGUGGUUCUUGCAGAUUACGACAGAAGGCCAGUGCAGAAGGUUCAGCCCUUCUUACCGCAGUGGCUUGCUCAACCCAAACUAGUGCAAAAACGUAUCAAAGAUAAUCUAGUUCCAAUCAGAGAUGUCCCGGGAAUUCAUCCCAGGUUGUUGAAAAAGCUGCAAAUGAAUGGGAUAGAGUCGUUUUUUCCAGGUACCUUGAUAGUGCGUGUUGUUCUGCAGAGUGCAUCCAAUGGGUACUUGAUGGGGCAGGGAGGAUACCGCCCCAAAGACAUCUGCGUCUCGGCACCGACUGGCAGUGGUAAAACCCUGUCUUUUGUCAUACCCAUAGUACAGGUUCUGCUAGAUCGAGUAGUUUGCCAAGUACGAGCUCUGGUUGUUCUGCCCACCAAAGAACUGGCACAGCAGGUGAGUAAAGUGUUCAACAUUUACACUGAUGGGACAGGUCUGAAGGUCGUUUUGAUUACUGGCCAGAAAUCUUUUGCAAAGGAGCAGGAGAUGCUUGUCCAGAAGAAAGUGACAGGCUACUGCAGCCUGGCUGAUAUUAUUGUGGCUACACCAGGGCGGCUCACAGAUCACAUUAGCCAGACCCCGGGGUUCAGCCUGACAGAGCUUCGCUUCCUGAUCGUAGACGAAGCUGACCGUAUGAUCGAUGACAUGCACCAGAACUGUCUGAACCAAAUUGUCAAAGCUGCAUUCCAAAUAGAAAAUGACUCUGGCUCCAACAUGCUUUUUCAGAGGACCAAACCAGGGCCUCUGACAGCGGCCAGCUCCUGCUAUCCUCACAUACCCUUACAGAAACUGCUGUUUUCAGCCACACUCACCCAGGACCCAGAGAAACUGCAGCAGCUGGAUUUAUUCCAGCCUCGCCUCUUCACGUCUGUCUACUCCGAGAAGAAAACACUCGGAGAUGGAACAGAGACAGAACAAGAAACUAAUAAGAAGUACACACUCCCUGAGGGACUAUCGCAAUGUUACGUGCCUUGUGACCUGAAUUCCAAGCCUUUGCUCCUCUUGCAUUUCAUGCUGACAAUGAAAUUUACCCGCGUGUUGUGCUUUACCAACUCCAGGGAAGCUUCUCACAGAUUGUUCCUGCUGGUUCAAGCCUUUGGUGGAGUCACUGUGGCUGAAUUUUCUUCUCGGUUACCUCCAAAUGAGAGACAGAGAACCAUGAAGGAAUUUGAACAAGGAAAAAUACAACUGUUAAUCAGCACCGAUGCCACUGCACGAGGGAUUGACGUGAAAGGAGUGAAUUACGUAAUAAACUACGAUGCGCCUCAGUUCAUCAGAACAUACGUUCACCGAGUUGGAAGAACGGCUCGUGCAGGAAAAGUUGGUGUUGCUUUCAGCUUGGUCCUUAGAAUUCAGGAACGCAGGUUUCUGCGGAUGUUGAAGGAUGCCGGCAUCCAAGACAUAAAGAAGCACCCGGUGAAGGGCAACUCAUUAAAGCCGUUGGUGCAGCAAUAUGAGGAAGCUCUGCGUAGACUUGAGAAGACAGUCAAGAACGAGCGAGCACAGAAACGAGCCUGA